UCGCCACUCCGCAGAGAGAGCAGCGACCUCAGCACCAGCCAGGGAAUUGACUAGGCACAGCACUCCUAAGCAAACAAGCCCAAAGCGGCAGCCCCCUCUUCUUCCCCCCCAAGCCCAAACCGGAUUCCAAGCACAACCUACACAUCUGAUCCCCCUUCCCCCACAAAGAAGAACAAACCCCAAGCAGGGUGGGGAAGUUGUGGGGGCCCUCAAGGAAGAAAGCCUAACCCAAAGAAGAGACCCUCCAAGAGUGGUUAGACCUGGAUACGACCAUGAUCCUUUUCUCAUCUCGCAGUGUUUUACUUUCAGUCUAUUACCCUCAGAUUUUCCUCAUCCUUACCAGUGGGAGUUACUUAGCUUUGUCAUCUGUGGUGGCUUUAGGAGCAAACAUAAUCUGCAACAAAAUCCCUGGCUUGGCCCCUCGGCAACGAGCAAUCUGCCAGAGCCGUCCUGAUGCCAUCAUAGUGAUCGGAGAAGGGGCUCAGAUGGGAAUCAAUGAGUGCCAGUACCAGUUCCGAUAUGGCAGGUGGAACUGCUCAGCACUGGGAGAGAAAACGGUCUUCGGCCAAGAGCUUCGAGUAGGAAGCAGGGAAGCCGCUUUCACCUACGCCAUCACUGCUGCUGGAGUUGCACAUGCUGUCACUGCUGCCUGCAGCCAGGGAAACCUCAGCAACUGUGGUUGCGACAGAGAGAAACAAGGUUACUACAACCAAGAGGAAGGGUGGAAAUGGGGAGGCUGCUCCGCUGAUAUCAGAUACGGCAUUGAAUUCUCCCGGAGGUUUGUCGAUGCCAGAGAAAUCAGAAAGAGUGCUCGGAGGCUGAUGAACUUACACAACAAUGAGGCUGGAAGAAAGGUACUUGAAGAGAGAAUGAAACUGGAAUGCAAAUGCCAUGGGGUUUCUGGUUCCUGUACAACCAAGACUUGUUGGACAACACUCCCUAAAUUCAGAGAGAUUGGAUAUAUUUUGAAAGAAAAAUACAAUGCUGCCGUGCAGGUGGAAGUGGUACGGGCCAGCAGGCUUAGGCAACCUACCUUUCUAAAGAUCAAGCAGAUCAGAAGUUACCAGAAGCCAAUGGAAACAGACUUGGUGUAUAUCGAUAAGUCACCCAACUACUGCGAAGAAGAUGCUUCCACUGGGAGUGUGGGCACGCAAGGACGUCUCUGCAACCGCACCUCACCCAGCACUGAUGGAUGUGACAUGAUGUGCUGUGGGCGGGGUUACAAUACUCACCAGUACACCAAAGUUUGGCAGUGUAACUGCAAGUUCCACUGGUGCUGCUUUGUGAAAUGUAACACAUGUAGUGAACGGACAGAAGUGUUCACCUGUAAAUAACAACAGAUGUUUCAAUGGAAAGGAGGACACAACCAGAACAUGUGAAGAAACAUUAGAGUGGAACAAAACAAACACAGCAUCAUUUUGCACAUUUACUUUUCUUGGGGAAGGGACCAAUCUCUUCCUAGUUACUGAAUAAUAUACAUUUUGAAGAACAAUGCAUUAUUUUCUGGCUGGCUGCUUUGACUGCGUUGGAAACAGGGACAAGGAUCGUGACGAUGUUUCUCAACACAAGAAACUUUAUCUUUCCCCCCCAAAUUGAAAUCUGGGUGUUGUAGAGUUUUGCUCUUAGAUUAAGUUAUACACAUCAGAGACACUUAAUCCAGGAGGUUAUUUUCAGAUUUAUAGCACACACAAAAUUAUGCUAACAAGACUGGGGUUUGUUUUUUUAAGUGGGGGGAGAGAAAGAAGUAUAGAAAGGAAACUGUUCACAGACAAAUGGAAAUUCCAGCAGUAUUGCUGAAAAACUUAUAAAGAAAAAGAAGCAGGUAUAAAGGGCAGCUUUAUAAAGUGAGUUAAAGAUGUAAAAUGGGGGUGGGAGGAAAUUAAAGGAUCCAUUUGGAAAACAAAAGUCAGAAAAUUCUGAUAGCUGCCAGUGACACUGGAACCUUUUCAAUGGAGAUUUGAGAAAAUAUUUAUGUUUUUAAUAGCAUCAAAACAAAUUCUCUAAGCACUAACGGGUAGCUAUGUUUAUUCUGUACUAAAUGUAAGCUUAUUGGAACUCUGACUUUCUGAUUUAUUUUUAUAUAUAUAGAUAUAUAUAGAUAUAUUUAGGUCUCCCCUAUGUUUUCAAUGCUACUGAUUUCAUGGCACUCCACUGUUUUUAAAAAAGUGUUCUGUUAAUGUACACCUCCAGCAUGGCCCGAGCAAGAACAAUAUGGAAUUGUGGUUAAAAAUGCCAACAACAUGGUUUCUCCUUUGCCCAACUAUACAGUAGACAACCCAUUCAAAAUAGUAGCAAUUAUCAUCUCAGUACUGACCAAAAUAAGGCAUCUAUGAGCUGGCUCACAAGUUUGUUGCUUGAUUUCUUAACCCGUGGGUUCCUCUUUUCUAUAUUAUUGUCAUUAUCCUGCAAGCUGCUUUUCUCUAGGCUCAUUCCAUGGUGUGGCUGUAACAUUUAAAGAGCCACCACCAUAUGGGCAAGGCCAAUCACACAGAGCCUUAACAAAAAACUGUUGCUUUCAAGUCUAGCUGGGUGAUAAUCUUGUGUUAAGGAUUCACAGUUUUGGACUUGCCCACAUGGGUGCAGGGUUUAAAACAUGACAGCCAUACUGUGGGAUGAACCCAUGGGAAAGCUGCACUCAUGGCACAGCUAUUAUGUUUUAAAGGCAAGAAAGUCAAUUCUUCAAAAUUUGACAACUCUGAGACCUGGUUCAGAUGCUUACCUGUGUGAAAAAUCCUGCUUCAAUGGUGGAGGACCAGGACCAUGUGCCCCCUUUCUCCCCUUCAUUGUGUAGCUCCACAUGGACGCCUAUAUGCAGAGAUGGCCACAUUGCACAAUCCUUCUGUGACUGAAGGGGGUCUCUGCAGAUCUGGGCAGCUAUGUGGAGCGCCUACAUCACUCAUUACAUUAUGAGUGUGGUGGAAGGGGGGAGAUAUGUGUCCCUUCUUCCACUGUGAGAACAAUAUCUUUGGUACUGUAAGUGUCUGAACUUUGCUGAAUGUGUGAACUGUCUCCUCUGAAUAGAAAGGAUUUUGUUUGA